GGCUUGCGGCUUUAUUGAACUCAUUCCAAACUUUGUUAUUUCGAUCUUUGACGUCACAUUAUGUACGCUAACAUGGACGUUUGGGGGCGAAACAUUUAAUUCGUCUGGAAGAGUAUUUUGGCGGAAUGCCUACGGCGAAAGACAGCCUGUGGGACAUUGCUGUUAGAAUCAGCAAUGAACAACAAAACACACAGCCUUCAUCAGGAAGUCAGCCAAAAGAGAGGACUGUACUCAUAUUGGGAAGUAAGGGUGUUGGAAAAACAUCACUGAUCCAUAGAUUCCUGGAUCGAAAUGAAGGCGCUAAACAGACCCUUGCUCUGGAAUACACUUUUGGAAGAAGAGCUGGGAAAAGUUUGGUGAAGGACAUAUGUCACAUUUGGGAACUUGGCGGCGGGACUCUAUACCCCAGCCUGCUUACGGCACCAUUGGCAGCUGCCUCAAAUGAUCUAAGUCACCUCACGGUGAUCCUCAUGUUGGACCUGGCUGUUCCACAGCAACUGUGGUUCACGCUGGAAACACUGAUACAAAAUUUGCACGCGGCUUUGAGGAAACAAGCGUCUGCUCUAUCAGGAAAGGAUGCAGGACAAUUCAUUCAGAAGCUUCAAGAAGAAGCCUGGAAAAGAGUUGGCAGAGAAAAUGAGGACAAAGAGUACAUGGAUCCCUUCCCAGUUCCCCUUGUUAUUUUGGGUGGAAAAUACGAUAUAUUUCAGGAUUUUGAUUCAGAGAAGAAGAAAGUUGUCUGUCGCUGUUUGAGGUAUGUAGCGCACACGCUGGGAGCAACUCUGCAGUUCUACAGCUUAAAGGACUCUGGACUUGUCAAGAAAGCAAAAGACCUACUGAACCACCAUGGAUUUGGAGCACCUCCAGGAAAAAGCAUAUCUCAAGACUACAACAAACCACUGCUGAUACCUGCUGGCUCAGAUUCAAAUCAACAGAUUGGAGGUUUAGGAGCAACAAGAACAGGAACUAUCAGUAAGGGGCCUGGAGCUGCAAUAGACAGAUGGAAACAUAUAUUCACCACUCAUUUUCCCCAGGAAACAUCUGAAAAAUCUGUAAUGCCUGAGGAUCCUGCCAAAGAUCUAAAUUUUCAGGAGCCAAUCAUUGACUCCCUACGAGCACAGAAGGAUGACGAACUGGAAAGGUAUCGACAGAUAGCUGAAAGAAGACGUCAUUUCCAAAUUGAUACUGAUGACAUAUAAUAUAACUUGUACGGUUCUGUAAUUAUUUUAUACUUAAAUACUUUCUGUUGUUCAUUGAUAUAAUCAUAUAAGUAAAUUUACUUACUUUCUCAUACUACCAAAGUUCUGGCAGAACAGAUUAUGGUUACGUUCUAAUAAAGACUGGUAUAUUAAAUGGGAAGAAAGUAAAAUUGUGUUCACACAACAUGCACGUAUGUCAUACAUACAUUUUUUUCAAAAUAAACUCCACGUAUUAAUGAAUGGUGAAAUCUAUCAAAAUAUUACUACUACUCCGUAGCACUACAGCCCUUUUGUAGGGCCUUAGCCUUCUAUCAAAACAUUAACUGGUUAAAAUAAAGAAUUAUAUAUUUA